UGUAAUUCUUGGGAAACAUAACCUUAUCUAUUACCUCAGCAGGGAAAUCCAAUAAAAACAAGUUCAAUUUGACGGACAGUUUUAAGUAAAAAUGUAAUUUCCCUAAGUUGCUUUGGAGAUAACUAAGUGUUGAAACUGCAAAGCCUGCGGUAACCUACUCCUUCAGCCGAACUAUCAUUCUCAAGGGGAAGGUCCAGAUCUAAUAAAAGCGUAUAGUUGCCGCAACAGAUAGGACGGGAUGCAGUAUCAGACACUGAGGAUGUACCAUGAAGCGGAUUCUUCUGCUCAGAAACAGCACUAGACACUACAAGGCUUGGAGAAAUUGGGUUUAAACUACAAAAAUCGAGAACUGUACAUUUCUUCGGGGAACGCCGUUUCAUUUCCAUCUGCACCCUCAAAGACAAUAAAAUGGAUUUAAUCGUGCACUGGCCUCGAAAAGAUGGAUAAAAACCUGAAAAAUGAACUGCUGUGGAAGGAGCAAGAUGGGUAUUUGGUGACACAACCCAAGAGUGGAGAUCCUUGGCAAAUUCGUGGGAUCAGAGGAGGCAAAUGACAGGAGAUGCUUUGUAUGCUAUAAAGGCUGAAGUUGCUGUUGACCAUGAAAUCUGGGGAACGUGCAACAUUUCAGAUGGAGAGAGAAGAAAUUCAGUCAACUAAAAAAUAAUGCUCAUUUUGCCUUAGUUAUGGGACUCAGAAGCUUGAUAGACAAAUGUCUGGAUCGUGGAGACUCUGUGAUGGAUUGAGAGGACUGGACUUAGACAGGGACAACCCUGCCUCAAAUACUGCAGGCUAGUACUCAUUCAUUCUCGAAAAACACGUGGUCACCACCUGUUUAAUCUGCAGCACUGGUAUAUCUGAGUGAACCUAACAGCCAUUUCGAGAUGGGUGAUACUUGUCUCCAAUAUUCAUUCUAGUGAGCUCUCUUAAGCUUCAGGAAAGACUUCCCUGAAGAUUGCUGGAUCAUCCACUUUAAAACUGCUGCAUCUUUUAUUGGCUCUUCAGGAUGACCUCAUGCUAGGGGUGAGGUCUGCAUAAGGCAACAUGGGACAAACUGCAUAUAUGCUAUUUUGUCCAUGGCUUUCUGGGGGAUUGUGGCUCAGCAGUUUAUGCUGCUGAUGACCUUCACAAGGCCUGCAGGACCAGUGGACAUAAAACGGUCCCAUGAUAUCAAAGAUACACCACCAUAUUUUACGACAACAGGAACAUGGACAAGAUUAUCUUCUCCCUCCUGAUGCUUUGUCUGUUGGUACGAGGGCAGCUGUGUCCCAAGCGGUGCAUGUGCCAGAACCUGGCACCUUCCUUUGCCAUUGUUUGUGCCAAAACGGGACUGCUCUUUGUUCCUACAGUCAUUGAUCACCAAACCAUGGAGCUGCAGUUGACUGAUAAUUUCAUCACAAUAUUAAGAAGGAAAGACUUUGCCAACAUGACCAGUCUCUCUCAUUUGACUCUGUCCCGCAACACCAUAAGCCAAAUUAUGCCUUAUACCUUUGCAGACCUCAGUCGACUGCGGGCACUCCACGUAGACAGCAACCGACUCAUUGUUAUAGGUGAUGACCAAUUCCGCGGUUUGACAAACCUGCGCCAUUUAAUCUUGAGUAACAAUCAGCUGCAUACCAUUUCCCACCUAGCUUUUGAUGACUUCUUGGAGACAUUGGAGGACUUGGAUAUAUCAUACAAUAACCUAAUUAAUGUACCAUGGGAGACCAUCAGCAGACUGAGUAAUGUGAACACUCUUAACAUGGAUCAUAACUUGAUAGAGCAUGUCCCCAUGGGUAUUUUCGCUAGUUUGCAUAAACUAGCCCGUUUGGAUAUGACUUCAAACAAGUUGAAGAAGAUUCCCCCAGAUCCUUUGUUUUUGAGAAUUCCAGUUUAUACUAAAUCCAAAGGUUCACCUCUGUCUUCUCUGGUUCUUAGUUUUGGAGGGAACCCACUCCACUGUAACUGUGAGCUGCUGUGGCUCCGUCGACUUACCAGGGAAGAUGAUCUGGAGACAUGUGCAUCUCCACCAGGUCUAAUUGCUAAGUACUUCUGGACCAUCCCAGAGGAGGACUUUAUAUGUGAACCGCCGGUAAUGACCAGGAAGUCUCCAAAAACUUUCUCUAUGGAAGGCCAACCAGUUUCCCUGAAGUGUAAAGCAAAUGGGGACCCAGAGCCACAGAUACACUGGAUCUCUCCUGAUGGCCGCUUGAUCGCCAACACGUCACGGAUUACCAUAUUCAGCAAUGGGAGUCUCAAUAUCAACAUCACCUCCCUCAAAGACGCAGGCACUUUCACCUGCAUAGCAUCCAAUGCUGCUGGGGAAUCUUCAGACGUUGUGGAACUAGUGGUCAACCCACUGCCUCACCUAGCUAACAGCACAAAUAGAGUACAGGAGUUAGAGUCGGGUCCAUCAGACAUCCUCAUAUCAACGAAGUCUGUAUCAGGCAAUGGCACAAAAGUUCCAGAACCCAAGCUUGUUGUGGCUGAGGUAACAGGCAACUCUGUGCUCAUAAAAUGGCCUUUGCUGCACCACAUUCCAGGGAUCAAGAUGUACCAAGUUCAGUACAAUAGCUCUGCAGAUGACACCCUGAUAUACAGAAUGAUUCCCUCCUCCAGUCAAGACUUCCUUGUGAAAGACUUAGUCUCAGGUCGGGAGUAUGAUCUGUGUCUACUAGCUGUCUAUGAUGAUGACAUCACGUCCCUGACUGCAACCCAACAAAUCGGCUGCGUCCAGUUCAUCACUGAGAAAGAUUAUAGUCAUUGUCAGUUCAUCCACAGGCAAUUCCUGGGUGGCACCAUGAUAAUCAUCAUAGGAGGCAUCAUCGUCGCCUCUGUACUGGUCUUUAUCAUCCUGAUGAUCCACUACAAGGUCUACAGCUACCAAAAUGGGGACAAGGCCACCAUCACCAGUAUCCACUCCCAUCCAAAAGGUGGACGGACCAGACAGCUUGCCAGGUCCAGCUCAAAAGGUUUCGAGAGUCAAGAAGAACAAUCACUAGCCUGCUCUGGAGUAUGGAUCGGGAGUGAGGGUUCUGGAGAAGUAUCGGCAGUCACAAUGAAAAACUGCAAUACUAUGACAUUGGCAGUGGGUAGCAAUAUUAGGCAACCUUCGGAGAUGAUGGCUGCAGACGCUGUGUCCCCUAUGCACAAGCAGCAAUCCAGGAUUUGCAGAAAACUCAAGCGAUACCCCUGCUGGUCACCUAAGGACAGAACCACUGAGGAUCUGCCUAGAGACAUGCAAAUUCCAGAGGUUGCAGAUGAGAAGAGAGGCUUAAAAAUUGUAUGAUACCUUUCAUAAUUGCCACUGUGCAAGAGAAAUUAAUCAGUCUGCAAUCUAAAGCACUUCUUAGUCAUGGUUUUUAAAUGGGGUCGGCAAUUAGCUGAAUUAAUGAAUAGAUUUAAGAACAGACUGUGUGAUAUUUGUGCACACAACAGAGCUUUAGCUAUGCGACUGCCAAAGCCUCCUGCACUGAAUGCUGUAAACAAGCAGGUCUUUUAAUUUGUAGUGGCCUGACAUUUCCACAUGCAAAGGCACGCCAAAAUAGAGAAACCACGGCCCUUAAGUAAUACAAUCCCUAUUCCUCGUUUCAUCCUGGAAGUAAUGGCAAUACAUUGAAGUAAGUCCAUCUCAGGGAGACUUCACCUAAUUUCCACCAAAAAUCAUAAAUGCAUUCAGAUUGGAAUUAUCGGUAUCCCUAAUCAUGUAAUCAUGAAUUUUGUCCAUGCUUACUUUGAAAGCUAUAAAGGGAUAUUUUAAAAUGGGAUCAUUUUUAACCAGUUUAAUCAAGUGACAUUAGAAACAGUACCAAGGUAAUGGAUUAUAGGGCUUGAUAAAUACUAAGCCCCACCUUGUUUAGAUGAUGAGGAUCUGAUGCCAACAGACCAGUCUGUAUCUAUUGAUUUAAGGUAGUUACAGCACGAUUAUUGUCUCUGUAUCACACUUACAAUGAUGAAGACAUUUUUGGUUUACAGUCUGUUUUCACUGAAACAUAAUUUAACAACCAAUAAUUUCCUGUGAAACAAUAUGUGGUUCUGAAGUUAUUUCAUGUUUUUCGGGUAUUUUUUAUUAUGGUCUUAAGUGGUAAUUUGAGAUUCCCCUUCACCACCCCUCCUUGUGCCGUUCAGAUCAGUGAUAAUGCACGUUUGCUUCAAAACUUUUUAUCAGACACAAACUCUGUCUCCUACAUAAAGUAGGAGAAUGUACAUGCUGUUGUAUAUUUGAUAGACUAUGUAUGUGGGGGAAAAAAAAUCAUAGCUCAAUAACACAUUUUUUGCACAUACAAGCAAAUCGAGACCUUAUAAAAUUAUAUUUUGUGAAAUGUUUAGGCAUAAAUUAUGUUCCUCUCCAAGGUUUUGCUGAAGUACUGUUAGUUGCUAUGUAACUGAUGAAAUACCAAAAUGAAUUAUUCAUAGACUAGGUUAUUUUCAUCAUACAACAACAAAAAAAUAAUAAUAAUGGUGAUUUGUCUAACCCCUUUCUCCCAAACGAUGUAAGGAUAUGGCAGUAAUAAAAGAUAAGACGGUCAGUAAUAUAAGGCCUUCCUCCAUUAGUUCAUCUGCCCUCUCUUUUCCACUACAUUCUCUUCCUGAUCCCACGGUGCCUGGUACCACGAUUCCUUGUUCUUACCUCUGGUUUCCCAUGAUGCUUUGCUUCUUUAUUUUCCUCUGGUUCUUAUGUUUCCACUGACAUUUCAGUCUAUACCCUAAUUUGUCUUUGGGUUUCUUGCCAUAAUGUACUCUUUCUUUCAUUGAAACAAACUGUAUUUGGAGUUUUCGGGCUUUUACAUACCGCAUUAUGGUUUUUGUCGAUGAAAUUGUAUAGAUCCACUCACAUGUCCAGUUUUCUCACAAAGCAGAUAAUGGGUUGUAUUGACGUAACUGUUUACUUCAUUUUUUCUAACCAUUCUUCCCAAGGCGUCCCUCUGAAUAACACAUUCCACAGAAACCCUGAACCAUAAUUUUAUCACUAAGAGCAUCUUUUUUAUGGCACGUUAACAUGGGAAAAUCCCCAGCUCAGGUGGGUAAACUUCAUGUCAUGCAGUCCGGGACCCACUAACCCAGCAUCUGUCACCCAAAACGAAGACAAAUCAGAUUGUCCCCAACACUCAUUUAGAAAUAGCAGCACUCAGUCUCCAAAUGAAAAACAGAUUUUCUGAAAAUGAAUAAAAAAAACUAAAAAAGGAAGAAAAUAUACAGAAAAAGAGGUUAGAUAAGUAUACACGUACCUUGAGUUCAAACCUGUUAGAAGCUUGUUACCAUCAUAAAUCAUUUUGGGUAGAUAUAGUAAUAUUUCCUAGAUAUAGUAAUAUUUGCCCAUUUCUUCUUUCAAAAUUCAAAUUUAGGAAAAAUUCUGAAAAAAUUUUUUGGAGAUUGCCAACGGACUGCACUCUUCAAUCUCACACAUGCUGUAUUCAAAAAGUUUAAGAUCAGGCCUCCCUAUGGAUCGUUCUCCAUGAUCUCCAGCCAGUCUUGUCCACAGAUUGCUUGAGCAGUGUGCUUCAAGUCAUUGUCAUCUUAAAAGGUAGACUUUACUAAUUUUGACUGAUUUCAGGAAGAGGGUGACUGAUUUUAUUCAAGAACCUGUUUGUAUCUGACACAGAACAUCUUCCCGUUUAUCUUUACAAAUGUUCCAGUGCCUUACGAAGAGUAGCCUUCAUAAGUGAUGGUUUGUGGUAGGGAUAGUGACUCAGCACAUUUAGCCUUACGAAGAGUAGCCUUCAUAAAUGAUGGCUUGUGGUAGGGAUAGUGACUCAGCACAUUUAGUUUUCUCAAAACAUAACAUUCUACAAAAAUGCCAAAAAGAUGCGUUUCACCAAUACGAAGAAAGCUUUUCCUGCACAGCGUCAAAGGUUCCAUAGCAUUAUGGUGCAUGCCUUAAAUGACCUACAAAUUAAGCCUAAAUUAACACAAUUUAGGUAAUAAACUACUGCUUACACAUUGUAAGCAGAAAAACCAGAAAACAGUUAAUGAAAGCGGCAUUGGUUUGAUUAGUAUGGGAAAAAUAACUCAGAGCGCCCAUGGUAGCCCCAUGCCUACCACGCUUGGGCACGCCAACCAUACAACUUAAGUGGGAUGCCCAAACAUUAGCAGGUAAGUCAUUUAUGUUGGUCUUCUUCUCGUCCAAUAAGAACUACCGUAGUUGCCCAUUGCCCUUCCAAGCUUAGCCUCACUGCCAUGCUGUGGUACGGGACUGUUGUCAUCAAGAUCAAUGCUGUAACAUUAACAUCUUUUAGUCGGUGUGUGGAGGGCAGUGCAGCAGAUGUGUGUUGAAAGACAACACUGCAUACCUCAUGAGUUUGAAAUAUUCAAAAGUUCAAUGGUGUUGUGCGCCCAUGUAGUUCCUUACAAUAUAUGGUAAGUAGAAGAAUUUUGAAAUUAUUGACUGAGAAGCAGCGUAGGAAUAUAAAACUAUUAUCCUUGCUGCUACCUUUUCUAUUCUUUGUAACUUGGGGAUUUGAUUGGACAUUUUUGAAAGUAAUACAUAAUAAUAAUGCAAUAAUCUAAUCUACUGUAUAAAAAAGCAUGUGUACAUUUUUCUGUGAAAUUGAUGCUUAGAAAUCUGAUUAAUUUUGAGUUGCUUCUAAGCUGUAAGAGGGAUGCCUCAGACUAAGUAACAUGUCCAUCAAAGGGCAGGUCAGACUAGAGGAUGAUGCCUUCAUUACAAGCUGAGUUAACAAAUGUGAAAUAAACUCAUGUGAAUUAAUCACCAAUAAUCAUCAAUCAUUUUCUAUGUUUUAACUUCCAAAUUGCAAUGUAACAGUGUGCUUAGAUAUUGACAUGAUAUAUUUUGGUUUGAAACAUAAGUACAUUUAAGUGUCUGAAAGUUGAUUUGGUAUUGUCUUUAAUGGAAGCAUAUACAGAGAGAACAGUAAAUCCCAUAACACUGAUCCCUAUUGAAAUCUUAGACCCAUCUACAGAUACUGAUGAUACCUCACAUUUAUCACAUUGUUUAGUAAAGUGAAUACAAUAUUCUAGGUAAGAGACAAACCAUUUAUAUUACAGGGCUUGAAAGUCCCACAAGAGACUCUGGAACAAGAUUUUAUGGUCAAUUCUAUCAAAAGCUGCAACAUCAUAAUUGUUCAAAUACUGUACUUUCAUCUCAUGGUGUUAACACCUGGUGUUACGAACACAUUUUAUAUAUAGGAAAUCAGACUGAUUUUUUUUUUCUAGAAGAUGGUGAAUAUCUAUGUAUAUGUUGUAAUUUUUAAGAGUUUUUGAAAAGAAAGGCCAGAUAUGACACUGUAGUCUAUCUGUUAAAUAGUUUUAUUAUUUUUUUUAGAUUUUUUUUUUGGUAGUCCUCAGAUCAUUAGCACUUUAAAAGAUCCUGGAACAUGUUCUGAGUGAAGGGAUACAUUUACUGUGAAAAUUAGAACCAGCUAAAAAUUCUUUAAGCAAUUUAGUGGGAACCGAGUGCAGCAGACAGGUUUUAUUCUUGAAAUUAAUAUCUCCAGUACAAAAGCAUGAUUUAAAUACCAGCUCUGCUCAGUGUGGGAGGAGUUAGCCCUGUCUUGUGCAAGGUCCCUCUAGGUACCCCAGUCUCUUCUGCAGUCCAAAGACAUGUAUCUAGGCUAACGUGUGCUCCAAAAUAGCCUGUAGUCUAUGAGUGCAUGUGCAAGUAUAUACCUGGGACAGUCUCCAGCCCCCCUGCCCAGAGUAAUCAGAUAGAAGAUGGAUGACUGGUCUCUGUCCUUCCUCGUAAUUCUCCUGGAGUAACAACAAUCAGGGUGUAAACUCAUCUAAGGUCUCCAUUGAUAUUUUGUAGUUACAUUUCUGUAUCUAUUGUAUUACCUAUGUGUAAAUAAAGGCUAAAUAAUCUGGUGUAA